UUAGAAUAUUUUGCAAAUAUAUUAAUUUUAAGGCUUUUCUUUUCUAAGAAUCUAAUCUGAGAGAAUCUAAGAGAAACGUUGUUCUUAACGUUUCAGACCAGUGUAGCUGAGGUAUUGAAGCCUCAUUCACAAAGUAAAAACAAACUGCUAUUAGACAUGAUAUCAUAGCUCUAUAUGUUUAAAUCUUUACAUAUGAAAUGUUAUUAAAAUUAACGAGACCCAAUAAAACGCAAGUUUUAUCGGACAGCAAUUUUGAUAAGAAGUGCAGUUUAAAUCUCUUUUGAUUUACUCUUUUUAAACUCUGGAGGUCUUCCUUUUCCUGGAAGAGUAAAAAUCGCCCGGAUUAUGGCUAAUGGCAGUCCCUAGAAAAAGCAACAGGAUCAAAGCAUCAGUCGAUACAUAGAGGAGGAAAGGGAAAGUGAAGGAGAAUGGGGAAUUCCGAGAGCGUCUCCAUCCAGCGGCUGUCCCGAUUUCGCCCCGAGGAGCGGCCGUUGAUCGAGGGGGCGUUUGACAAGCUGUUGGGCUCAGGGGUGGCAGCCGCCGGGAAAGGGAGGCCUCUGCUGACCCUGGAAAUUGUAAAGGGCUGUCUGCAGGGCCUGGCUACAGACAACAUGGCUGUUCGUGUCUACGAUGGCAUGCGUAACGUGGACCCCACGAGGAAGGCAGCGCCUCCUAGUGGUGCUGUCAGCAAAGAGCAGUUGGUGAUCUUCCUCUCAGAUAUCUUACGAGGCACAGCUGAGGAGAAAGGUCCCGUCGUCCUGUCCAUGAUCUCUGGAGCUGGGAGAGGCCCUGUGAAGGGUGGACAAGUCGGAGAGUUUGCAGAAGAUCUGGUCUUAUCGGUGGUGCAGAUAAUGAAGACCAGGAAGCUGCUGCAGGGCUGGCAGCUGGAGAGGACCAGCGACAGCGCUGAAGGGGCUAAACGUCUGGCCACCCAGAUGAUGUCUGAGCUGAGACCGGCAGGCCAGCAGCUGCCACCAGAGAAGGUGAUGGAGGCUGACUGUGACCAGGGCUCCGUCGAGGAUUGGGUGUACCGUACCUCCACCCUGUCCGUGUUCCUCAGCCUGCUGGUGAGCGAGGGCCUGGGAGUGCCGCUCACGCAGGGACCUGCGCCAACCCUCCUGCCCCAGUGCACGGAGGUCCGCUGGUCGGACUUCCACAGCCUCCUGGACCUGCCCUCCCUCACGUUCCUCAACGCCCAGCUCCCCGCGGAGGCCCAGCUCCGGUGGCGGCUUCUCUUCUCCACCCGGCUCCACGGGGAGAGCUUCUCCCGCCUCUGCGGCCACAUCGUCCGCAAGGGCCCCACCUUGCUGCUGCUGCGGGACAGCCGGGGCCACGUCUUCGGGGGCUUCGCUUCCCAGAGCUGGGAGGUCAAGCCGCAGUUCCAAGGGGACAACAGGUGCUUUCUGUUCACUGUGAGCCCUUCCCUGUCUGUCUACACCUAUACGGGCUACAACGAACACUACAUGUAUCUCAACCACAGUCAGCAGACCAUGCCUAAUGGACUGGGUAUGGGCGGCCAGCACAAUUACUUUGGUCUGUGGGUGGACAGUGAUUUUGGGAAAGGUCACAGCAAAGCGAGGCCGCGCUGCACCACCUACAGCAGCCCCCAGCUCUCGGCGGAUGACGAAUUCACCAUCGACGUCAUGGAGGUCUGGGCUGUCGGAGAGCCCCCCGAGGAUACGGCUGUGGCAGUGUCAGACCAUCGAACCUGUGGAAAGUCAUGGGUUCAUUUUUCCUCGCUUGCUUUCCCGUCUCAGAUUUGCAGAACAAGACCAAGCAGAGCGUCCUGGAUGCUGACCCUGAGACACAGGCCAUGCUGGAGAUGGCAGGGAAGACCCUGCACAGCGGGGGGCUGCGGGAGCCCAGAGACGAGGAGGAGGAGGAGGCUGAGGAAGCCGGCAGCUGAGGGACAGCUCUCCUGUGGCACGAUGGCGGGGGUCUCGAGCAUAACCAAUAUGACCGAGUAUCAGAAAAGCUCGAUAAAGAGAGAGCUGGAGAUGGGGAUUGUUAUGACCGUCUUCAGGCAGAAGGUGGAGAGGCUCACUGUCCAGGUUAUCAUGGAGACGCGGCAGAUUGCCUGGACCAGAACUUCGGACAAAUAUGAAGGAGUCUUGGAUUUACAUGAGAUCAGAGAAAUACGUCCUGGAAAGAACUUUAAGGACUUUGAACGGUUUAAAGAAAGAUGCCUUGAUGAGACCACCUGCUUCACCAUUUUCUACGGAUCCCAAUUUGUCCUCAACACCCUGAGCCUCAGCGCGGAUAAUCAUAAAGAAGCAGAAAAGUGGCUAAUUGGUGUGGAACUGCUAAGAGAGGAGACUGUGGCCGCUCCUACCCCAGACAUUGUAGAAAGCUGGUUGAGGAAGCAGAUGUAUUCAAUUGAUCAAUCGAAAAAGAACAAGAUCACUAUGAAAGAAAUGAAGUCCUUGCUGCCACAGCUGAAUUUCAAAGUGCCCAAUGCUAAGUUCCUUAAGGACAGGUUUUCGGAAUUGUGUACCCGCAAAGAUGUCCUAGAUUUUGAGCAAUUUCAUAAGUUCUACAACAACCUGAUGUUUGACAAUCAGAAAUGCGUUCUUGAGGAGUUUAAGAAGGAGUCUUGCUCUUUUAUCAUGGGUAACACUGACAAGCCAGAUGCUUCAGCAGUUCUUCUGUAUGAUUUCCAGAGGUUCCUCCUCUACCAGCAGAAGGAGAAUUGGGCCACUGACCUAAACAUGGUUCGGGAGCUCAUGACCACCUUUAUUGAUGACACCAUGAGGAAGACCAAUGAUCCCGAAUUCAAAGUUAGCGAGUUCAUGAAUUACCUGUUCUCCAAGGAAAACUCUAUUUGGGAUGAGAAGUUUUCGGAAGUCUGUCCCCAGGACAUGAAUAAUCCGCUGUCUCACUAUUGGAUCAACUCAUCUCACAACACGUACCUCACAGGCGAUCAGCUUCGGAGCGAAUCUUCUACAGAAGCGUAUGUCAGGUGUCUGAGGAUGGGAUGUCGAUGUAUUGAGCUGGACUGCUGGGAUGGCCCGGGGGAGCCCAUCAUUUACCACGGCUGGACGAGGACCACAAAGAUCAAAUUUGAAGAUGUUGUGAGGGCGAUCAACGAGCACGCUUUUGUUGCCUCAGAGUACCCUCUCAUUUUGUCCAUCGAAGAGCACUGCUGUAUUGAACAGCAGCGUCAGAUGGCCAGAAUAUUCCAGGAGGUUUUUCAGGAGAAGUUACUGACAGAGCCAGUCGAACAGAUUGCAGACCAGCUGCCCUCGCCCACGCAGCUGAAGGGCAGAAUCAUUAUCAAGCAUAAGAAGCUAAGCUCAAUUGAUGAUUUGGGGAGACCAGAUGAUGGGACAGGUCGAGGAGAUCUUCGUAAAGGAGAGAAGCAGGGAGAUCUGCUCAUCUGGGACCCAGUAGAUGAGCAAUGGAACCGACACUACUGUAGGAUUGCUGGUGACAAGCUGUACUAUGCAGAAGAGUAUGAAGAAGAAGAGGAUGCUAAAAAGAAUGUGAAGAAGUCGGAGCUGCACUUCACGGAGAAGUGGUUCCACGGUAAGAUGAGAGAAGGCCGGCAGACGGCAGAGAGGCUCCUGCAGGAGUUCUGUGCAGAAUCCGGGGGCAGAGAUGGGACGUUCCUGGUGCGGGAGAGCGACACCUUUCUCAAGGACUUCACGUUGUCAUUUUGGAGGGGCGGAAGAGUUCAGCACUGUCGGAUUCGCUCAGGGACGGAGAACGGCAACACUUUCUACUUCCUGACGGAGAACCUGCACUUCGACAGUGUCUACAGCCUCAUUCUCCACUACAAGGAGAACCCGCUGCGCUGCCUGGAGUUUGACCUGCGGCUCACUGAUGCUGUGCCCAGACCCAACCCCCACGAGUGCAAAGAGUGGUACUACAACAACCUGAGCCGGGGGGAAGCCGAGGACAUGCUGAUGAGGAUCCCCCGUGAUGGAGCGUUCCUAAUCCGCAAGAGAGAGGAGCCGGACUCGUUUGCCAUCACUUUCAGGGGGGAUGGCAAGGUGAAACACUGUCGGAUUCAGAGAGAGGGUUCCAUGUUUGUCCUGGGCACCUCGACCGAGUUUGAGAGCCUGGUGGAGCUGGUGAAUUAUUUCAGGACCAAGCCUCUAUACCGCAAAAUUAAACUGCGGUACCCCGUAACCGAAGAGCUGGUGAAGAGGUUCAGUUCGGAGAGAGAUUCUGCCUCUCUGUAUGAACUCAAGAUGUACGUGCAGCCCAACGAAAUUGAACCCUCUUUGCCCAAGAACACGGUGAAGGCACUCUACGACUACAGAGCUAUGCGAUCAGACGAGCUGAACUUCUGCAAGGGAGCUCUGAUCCACAAUGUUGUGAAGGAAGAUGGCGGCUGGUGGAAAGGAGACUAUGGGGGAAAAGUGCAGUUGUUCUUUCCUUCAAACUACGUAGAGGAGGUUUCCAACAAUAACAAUGCUGAGCCAAUAAACCAGGUCGUCGAAGACAACCCUCUUGGAGAGCUCUGCAAAGGAAUAGUGGAUCUUUCCAAAUGCACCGUCUGUAAAACACAGAAGAAGAAGAAUGGGAUGCAAUUUCUGCUCACCAUCGAAACCAAGGAGGAGGAGGGUGUGCAGCCCUUCGACGUCACCACAGACACUGUGGAAGAGCUCUUCGAUUGGUACACGGUCAUCUGGGCAAUCACAGAGAAUGAGAAGAGCAAACAGUUCAAGAUAGAGCAGCAGAAAGAGAGCGAGAAGAGGGACCUGGUGGCGAUUGAGAUGUCAGACCUUGUCGUUUACUGUCAGCCAAGGAGCAAAGACAAGGACAGUUUUGCACAGUACGACUACAAGGAAAUCCGCUCUUUUGUGGAGAACAAAGCUCCAGUACCCAAGAGGACAGCCAAAGAAUUUCUUCGAUACAACCGCAAGGCUCUGAGUAGGAUCUACCCCAAAGGCCAAAGAGUGGAUUCCUCCAACUAUGACCCCUACCCUCUCUGGACCUGUGGGAGUCAUAUGGUUGCUCUUAACUUUCAGACUCCAGACAAGUACAUGCAGCUAAACAACGCCUUAUUCACCCUCAAUGGAAGGACUGGCUACGUGCUCCAGCCGGAGAUGAUGAGAAAUGACUCCUAUGACCCUCACUUGGAGAGAAGAAACGUCAAGCUCAUCAUCACUGUCCGAGUAAUCGCUGCCCGCCACCUCCCCAAACCUGGCAGAAGCAUUACCAGCCCAUUUGUAGAAAUAGAGCUCUGUGGACUUAAUGCAGAAGAAAGCAAAUUCAAAACGAUCGUGAAGAAUGACAAUGGGCUGAACCCCGUGUGGCCGGCCCCUCCAGAGCCCGUGCAGUUCAUGGUGUACGAGCCAGAGCUCACCUUCCUGCGAUUCGUGGUCAACGAGGAGGACAUGUUCUCUGACCCCAACUUCCUGGCCGAAGCGACCUUCCCUGUCAAGGGCAUCAAGACAGGAUACCGAUCUGUUCCUUUGAAAAACGGAUUCAGUGAAGACAUUGAGCUCGCUUCUCUUCUGGUGUUCAUCGAUGUGCAGCAGGUGGAGAAAACCGAAGAGGAGCUCUACCUGUCUUGUAGCCAGCUGCGGAAACGCCAGGCGGAACUGUCCAAUGAGCUCUUCCUCUACGACACUCACCAGAACCUGCAAAAGGAGAUUAACAGCCGCGAUGAGCUGAUGAAGGAGUUCAGCACCAACGAGAGGCAACUACACAAGAUCCAGGACACCUGCAAGCAGAAGCUGAAGGAGAAAAAGAUCAACAACAGCAAAUUCUACUCGUGAAACCAGGGUUUUGCUCUUCGUCCUCAACGCGAAGCGACUUUGAAGAUUUGGCGUUGGCCUGGACUUGGACUUCCUCAGCACCUCGGUGGCUGAGGUGCCUUUGACCAGCUGGAUCUCAUCACACACAGGAUGCGGACAGACAGUGCGGUUUGCUGUUAGCAUGCUGUUGAUGGUUGUUUUUUUACUGUUUAAUUUGUGCUUGUGUCUUAUUUAUAUUGAUGCAACGUCUUUGCCAAACUAAUAACGCGAUAUUGUUCUUCAGGAAAAAUAGGUAAUAUUAGCAGGAUUUGUUUUUUGUCUGCUUCUAAAGCACAUCCUUUAUUGCUCUUGUUUCUGGGCUGUUUUAAUUCAGUAUUCAAUAUGCUGUUUUAGAAACCAGGGUGAAAGUGUACACUUGUUCAGAGACAGGUUUUUUAUCCUUCAAGUUUUAUUAUUUGAAUAAAAGUCUUUAUUGAAAUCUUUUCAUUCUUCCAAAGUGUCAAUAUUUCCUCUGAUGAUGUUUUCAUUUUUGGUUAACUGUAUACUGUUGCAGAUAUGAAAAUACGUUUUUAUAUACAGUAUAACAAUUGAGCAAUACAAAGUCUCUGUAAAUAGUGAAACUCAAAUAAUUAGAUAAUUAUUUUUCCUGUUUUGGCUGAUGCUUUUGUUAAAAAAUUUUAUAGAACACAACAACUGAGCAACACUUGUGAUUUUUUUAAUUUACUUAUAGGAUCUAGUUUAAGGUGUGCUUCUCAGAAGGCUGAAAACAUGUGUACCUGUAUAUGUCCUUUUUCCUGAUCUUGCUCAGUUUUUGGGAAUAAAACAGAAUGUGUUAACUAAAA